CUCAAAAGCUUACACUCCAGCAAAAUGUGAAAAUUGAAUUAAGAAUGCAAAAACCAAAAGAAAAACAAAAACGAAUUACACAAAAAUCAAGAGCACGCUUCUUUUUUAGUGGUAGUGAGUGAGAGCAACUAAAAUAAAUUUCAUUUUAUUAAAAAAUUCACAUAAAUCAGUGAGACGGCGGCAAUGCCUCAAGACUGAAGUGUAUAUGUGAGUAUGAGUGUUGUGCGUGCGUGAGUGAGUGAGACUGAAACGCAUUUAUAAAUUAAACAAUUUUGUUGUUUUUGCUUUCAAGCAAUAUAAAGUCAACAAUGGCGACAACUGAGCUUAAGCUGAGCUUUAAAACAAAAAAAGCGAAAUACGAGAAAAACAAAGAAAGCUAAAUGCGAGAACAAAGCAAUAUAAAAGACGCGGGCGGUCGCUCGCCCGAUAAUCGCUCGGUUCGGUUUGUCGGCCCGCUUGUCCCGCAGGCCUAUUGUUUGUUGCAACUUGCAAAUGCAUAAAACUGCACAGGUCGGAAAUGAUUAAAGGCUGUUAUUUAAAGAUUAUUUUCUGCGAAAUUAAAGGAAAACCAUAACGGAUUUAUAAAAAUGUGCAUAACUUAAUUAAAUAUCUGUGAAAACAAAAUCAAGAAAAUUGAAAAGAUUACAUAAAACAAUAAUAUAAGUGAAGUUAUCAACGCAAAUCAAAAGAAUUACAAAAGCUAUACAUAUAUUUUGCUCUGCACCGGAAGUAUAUAAACAGCCUGCAAAAUUUACUACAAUAUCAGCUUCAAUAACUCCGCCAACACCGGGAACUCCAACAACCCCGUCAGCAGCAACAGCAAUCAACCGAACGGCACAAGAAUGCUAUUCGAGAAUCCAGCCGUUGCGGCCAAGCUGCCGUUUCCCUACAAUGUGCCGCCGCCUCUGCAAGCGGCGGCCGCUGCUGCCGCAGCUGUGCCAAAUUUAAGGUUUCAGACACCAAUAAAAGCGUUUGCCUGCCUGACAGCCACAAGCAAUCCGAUUGAUAAUGCAGCCGCUGCAGCUGCCGCCGCUGCCGCUGGCCUCAUUGAUCCGCAUCACAAUCGGGAUCUGCACAAUGCAUUGGUCGCCUCCAUAGCCAACAGCAAUGUGGCGGCCAUUAAUGGCACAUUGACCACCGCUGCAGUGUUGAAAAGUGCCGCAGCCGCUCAAGCUCAGGCUCAGGCACAGGUGCAGGCUCAGGUGCAGGUGCAGACACAGCAAAGCGCCGCUGGGCAAGCUCAGCAGCAGCAGCAGCAACAGCAGCAGCCAACAGCUGGACAGGAUCAGGCCAAUGUACAGAAUGCAGCCAUGACCAAUGGCAACCAACAACAACAGCAGCAGCAGCAACAACAACAACAGCAGGCAGCACAACAGGCCGCUUUGGCUCUUCUCAAGGUGGAUAAUGUUAAUGGAGCCGCUGCUCAAAAUGGCAGCGCUGCCAACUUGAGCAUUCAGAGCAGCUCAUCGGGCCGCUCGACACCCAGCAACAGUGGCGUCAGUCUCUCAGAUCCAGCACCCGGCAAACUAUUUGUGGGCGGCCUCAGCUGGCAGACAUCGUCGGAGAAGCUUAAGGAAUACUUUAACAUGUUUGGCACCGUAACCGAUGUGCUCAUCAUGAAGGAUCCGGUGACACAGCGCAGUCGCGGCUUUGGCUUCAUCACAUUCCAAGAGCCCUGCACCGUGGACAAAGUGUUGAAGGUGCCAAUACACACACUGGAUGGCAAGAAGAUUGAUCCGAAGCAUGCCACACCCAAGAAUCGACCUCGUCAGGCCAAUAAGACCAAAAAGAUAUUUGUGGGCGGCGUCUCGCAGGACACAUCCGCCGAUGAGGUGAAAGCAUAUUUCAGUCAAUUUGGUGCCGUUGAGGAGACGGUCAUGCUGAUGGAUCAGCAGACGAAACGCCAUCGCGGCUUUGGAUUUGUCACCUUUGAGAAUGAGGAUGUUGUGGAUCGCGUUUGCGAGAUCCACUUUCACACCAUCAAGAACAAGAAAGUGGAAUGCAAGAAGGCGCAACCCAAAGAAGCUGUCACCCCGGCCGCCCAACUGCUCCAGAAGCGCAUCAUGCUCGGCACACUUCAAUUGCCGGCAGCUCCUGGCCAACUGAUGGGUGCACGCAGUGCCGGCGUCACCGCCAUGAAUCCCUUGGCCAUGUUGCAGACAUCCACACAGCUGCUGCAGUCACCGGCUGCCGCAGCGGCCGCACAACAAGCGGCACUCAUAUCACAGAAUCCGUUUCAAGUACAAAAUGCAGCCGCUGCGGCCACCAUGGCCGCCAAUCAGAGCAACUUUGGCAAACUGCUUGCCACAUAUCCACAGACAGCGCUGCACGGCGUCAGAUAUGCACCAUACACCAUACCCGCCAGCGCCGCCACUGCCAAUGCCGCAUUAAUGCAGGCCCAUCAGGCACAGAGCGCCGCGGUGGCCGCUCAUCAACAGCAGCAGUCUCACAAUGCCCACGCCGCAGCUGCCGCCGGACUGCAACAUCAGCAUCAGCAGCAACAACAACAUCAGCAUCAACAUCAACAUCACACUGCCGCCGCCGUUGCCGCUGCCGCCUCAAAUUCAGCCUCACAGGCGCAUUCAGCAGCAGCGGCUGCCGCUCUGGCUGCCAAUGCCGCCAAUGGUGCGGGCGCCAAUGCUCAUUCCCUUGCCGCUGCCCAACAGGCGGCCCUUGUUGCCGGCAAUCCAUUGAAUGCGGCCGCCGCUGCCGCUGCUGCUGCUGCCGCUGGAAAUCCGGCUGCUGCCUAUCAAAACUAUGCGCUGGCCAAUGUGGACAUGUCCAGUUUCCAGGGCGUCGAUUGGAGCAGCAUGUACGGCAUGGGCAUGUAUGUCUAAGCUGUGCUCUCUCAUUCUUUUCUCCUUCUCCCCGCUCGUUCUCUCUCUCUAUCUCUCCUUUCUUAAUCUAACUUUCUACUGGUAAUUUGCAUACAACAAUAAUGCAUACAGACACACAUCCACACACAAACACACAUACAACGACUCAACGAAAUUUGGUUUACCAUAGUUCUUAGUGCCACACGCAUACACAUACAUACACACAUACAUACAUCAUAUACAUACUUACAUGAAAGCAUAUUAAGUAUUAUAUUUAAGGGCCCUACGCAAAGGCGAAUUAUAUGCGUUCAAUAAUAACAAACAUGAUAAGCAAUAUAAGCAACAACAAAAACACAAAAGAUCAACAACUACAAAACAGCAGCCGGCGAGGCAGAGCAAAUUAAAAGGAUAUAUAUAUAUAUAAAAAACAAAACAAAAAUAUUAAUGAAUAAUACAAAAAAAAAAAUUAAACCAAAAAGCAAAAAUUAUUGAAGAAAAAAAAAACAAAAAAAAAACUUUAAAAAACCACCGAUUGUGAUUGCGUUUAAUUGUAGCAGUUUAUAUAAUUUUUAGUGAAUAAUACCUAAAACAUAAACCUAUUAUAUAACAUAAUAAUCCACAUACAUGCAUAGAUAUAUAUAUAUAUAAUAAAAAAAGGAACAUAUUUAUAAAAUUGAAAACAAAAGAAAAUCAUUAAAGCUCAUUGAACAAAAUAAAUAAAAAGAAAGUUAAGGCAAAGCGAGAUCGAUAAAAAGAAACUCAACAAUUUGCUCAAGCCUGAAAUUAUAAAAUAUGUAUAGUAAUAAACUUAUAUUAUCUAUAACAAUAACAAAAAAAAAAAAAAAAAAAGAAAAAAAUCAUUAGAUAACCACACAUCACAUUAGUUAUUUAGUUUUGAGCUCGAAUUUAAUUCACCCAGCCUAGCAGUUAGACGGAGACAGAGACAGAGACAAUGUAGACCCAAUAUACACACACAUACAUCACAUAACACCAGAGUACACCUUCACAGACACACAGUAAGCACACUCUUUUCCUUGUACUUAAAAAAAAUAAACUGCAAACGAGACUCGGCUGCGAUUUUCAUUAA